AUGUUGAGAAGACAAGCUCGUUUACGACGAGAGUAUAUCUAUAAAAAAUCGAUUGAACAACGUCAGAAAACAAUCGAAGACAAAAAGAAACGAUUGAAACAAGCGAUUGAUGAAAAUAGAAAAAUACCAACAGAUCUUCGUGACGAAGCAUUGAAAUUACAACAACAAACCGAUUGGGACGAUGCUGGCGCAGAAGGUAUUAUUUCACCUGAAGAUGAUGAAUAUCGCUGGGCUGGUGUCGAAGAUCCCAAAGUAAUUAUAACAACAUCACAUGAUCCUAGUUCAAAAUUAAAACAAUUUUCCAAAGAACUGAAUCGUUUGAUACCUAAUUCUCAACGUAUCAAUCGUGGUAACUAUAAUUCACGGCAAAUCGUCGAAGCUUGUCGUAGCAAUCAAGUGACCGAUCUCAUUCUUGUUCAAGAAACCAGAGGCGUACCAGAUGUUAUUCAAAUCAGUCAUUUUCCAUACGGACCAACUGCAUCAUUUUCAUUGAGACAGCGAACGAGCAACAUUUUGAAAUAUCUGUUUCCUGUGCCAAAAGAAGACAGUCAUCGAACGAUUACAUUUGUUAAUCAAGAUGAUUUCAUUUCAUUUCGGCAUCAUGUGUACAAGAAAAAAGAAGGUCAAAUUGAACUAACAGAACUCGGUCCGCGUUUUGAAAUGAAAUUGUAUCAAAUCAAACUAGGUACUAUUGAUCAAUUGGAUGCAUGCGAUACCGAAUGGCAAUAUCGUCCGUUUAUGAAUACAACAAAGAAACGGCAAUUUCUUGCCAAGGAAAAUGAUAAAGAAUAA